CUAUAAUGUCUUCUAACAUUUUCUCAUUCUUCUCAUUCUCUUCUACGAGGUCCUCAAAACCUCGUAGAAGUGAAUGAUUAUCUAAUAAUUUUUUCCUCUCGUUAAUAAUUAGCUCAUUAUAUCACAUUCUUCGAGCUAAUUAUCACUUACUAUCAAUUAAAAUAUCUAUUAUUUAUUUACCUACCAGGCUACAAUUUAUCAUAUAUUCUCAAUAUUAUUACUUUUCGGUUGUUAAAGUUAUGAAGAUACAUUCAGCUAAGAGUUCUAUUGUAGCCAAGAGGCUAUGGAAUUUCUUAAGGAUCACCUUUUUUAUGGUUAGAAAAGGGUUGAUCUCAAAAAAGAAACUCAUUAUGGAUAUAAACUUGUUCUUUAAGCGAGGGAAACUCAUUCGUAAAUCAUUAAGCAAUCUCCUACACCUCCAUCACCACCACCACCACCAAAUGACACGUGGUAGCUUUGCUAGACGGGAAUAUGAAUUUUCAUGUAGUAGCCCUAACCCCGUUUUUUUCCACGUAUCAUCUUCGAAACAUAAGCACCACCACAUACAUCUCCCUUGCAUGAACCCACCAAAUGUACUCGACGAGCUCGAGUCACAAGAGGGUGAAAUCGGUCACGUUGAUGAAAAUCAUGGUGCCAUUGUCUUAGUGCCUAAAACUCCUGAAUAUUCAUUUAAUUUGCACCUAGAUGGAAUUGAUCAAACACCCGAAGAGUUUUGUAGUCCACUCAUUUCACCAUUUCCUAUUAAGAUAAGUGAUUAUUUAUCCGAAGAUGAAAAUGAGGGAGGAAAUCUUCAAGUUGAUUAUGAAGCUGAGGAGUUCAUUAAAAAAUUUUACGAUCAACUAAGGGCGCAAAGUCGUGUGCAAUUGUUACAAUAUUAGGCCAAUGAUAUUAUGGUAUUACGUCUGUUAACUAUUAUUUACAACAAAGGAAUAUUUUAUAUCUCACAAAUAAUACCCCUUUGUUGCAAAUAAUAGUUAAAGGAGGUAGUAUAAUAUUUAAUUUUUAAUAUUUUAUACAUAUCUUCUAUGGUGUUGUGCAAGUAACCAAGUAAUUCAUGAUUCUACUACUAUAUAUUAGAGUUUUGUUUGCUUUAUGAGUUGGUUUCUACUUUUGGGUUGAUAUUAUUUUGGUGUUUUCAAGUAAUUAUUGAAUUUGGGCAGUUGGCAUCCAA